UAAGCCAUCCUUUUCUUUUUUGGUGAACUUUUAAGCCAUCCUUUAAAAUCAUAAUACAAUAAUGUAACUUUUACUCGUCUAGAAACCCAGAAAGAUUAUCGCAGAAAUAAAUGAAAAAGGCAUAACUUUUCUUAUGGGAAAUGUCUAAUACUAGAUUAUUAGUGUACGUUUGAACGAGCUUUUGUUAAAUUGAAAAUUUUUUUUUAAAUAAAUAAAAUAAAUAAUUUAUAGAGCAAAAAAUAGAAAUAAACCAAGGGUGGAAAGAAUUUACAUGAAUCAGCCAAACUGAAAAUUACUUCACGAAUGAACCAAAGUACAAUACUAUAUAAUUCGAACCAGCUUGGUUCGAACUAUAAUAACACAUAAUUUGAACUAAGGAAGCUCAAAUCAUGAUGGAACUCGUGAUGAACGUAAUUCGAACCUAUAUGGUUCGAACUAGAAUUGCAUAUAAUUCGAACUAGGAGAGUUCGAAUUACACUUUUGGACGCUUCACCAAGUAAUUCGAACCUAGUUGGUUCAAAUUAGUCAAAAUUUGCCUCGAAUAGUAAUUCGAACUAGGCUGGUUCGAAUUACACAUGACUCCGCUAUAUAAGGAGUUUAAAUCAGCCUCAUUCUAAUCACUUUUCCAUCCUCAUACCCCACUAAAUCCUAGAGAAAAUGACCCGGAUUUGAUCCGACAAAGACUCGAACAGAAUACUAAGCCGAUGGGGGACAAUCCGAAAAGGCUAUAUCGGUUGGACGUAGUUGCUCAUAUAGCCGGGGUCAUCAACGACGAGCCACAGCGAUGCAUCAGGAGCAUGCGGUGGCAGCAGGGCAUGCGACUCGAUGAGCGGUAUGUUCUGUACUUGCAGAUGGCCGGAUUAUACCAUCUUGGGAGGCUGGACGAUAGAUGGUUCUGGUUAGAUGAGCCCCUUGUCAGUGCCUUCGUCGAGCGGUGGUGUCCGGAGACGCACACCUUCCAUAUGCCGUUCAGAGAGUGCACUAUCACACUUCAGGACGUGGCGUACCAGUUGGGGUUGCCAGUGGAUGGGUAUUAUGUUAGUGGUUGCCUUACAGAUUUCCAGAUAUACAUCCAGGGUGGCCGUCCAGCUUGGGUGUGGUUCCAGGAGUUGCUUGGAGUGAUUCCUCCUCCGAGCCAGGUUCAGAAGUUCGCAGUAAACUGCACCUGGUUCCAGGAGACUUUUGGAGAGUGCCCUGAGGGAGCCGAUGAGGAGACUGUGUGACGCUUUGCUCGUGCCUACAUCAUGAUAUUGUUGGGCACUCAGCUGUUUGCCGACAAGUCCGGGAACCGCAUUCACAUCAGAUGGCUUCCUUACGUAGCUAAGCUUGAGGAGAUGGGGACCUACAGCUGGGGGUCUGCAGCAUUGGCAUGGUUGUACCGAUGCAUGUGCCGAGUGGCGAACAGACAUGUGGUCAAAUUAGCGGGCCCACUUCAGCUACUUCAGUCCUGGAUCUUCUGGCGCUUUCCUAGGUUUAGGCCUGCCGAGUAUGAUACGUGCAACUGGCCGUUGGCCUCGAGGUGGUCAGGUUACAGCCCUUCCGGUAGCAAGAAGGGUCCUAGAGUGCAGAUGUGGAGACUGAGGAUAGACAUGUUACAGGACAGGGAUUUUAUCUGGAUGCCGUAUAGCUUGCCCAAGGUACUGCAGGUUGUGCAUCCAGAGGCGUUAGAGCCUCGGCAUACGGCGUUCUGGUGGUCUGUGAUGUCACUGAUAUACUUUGCCAUCAUAGAGUGGCAUCAGAUAGAUAGGGUUCUACCGCAGUUCGGCGGAGUCUAGCCCCGUCCGCAUCCCACCCUGAACAUCGACUUUCUGAUGUCGAAGGAUGGCAGAGGCAGUGAUCGUUGGUUCCCGUAUGCUUUGCAGUCAUGGCAUUUCCAUUGGGAGGCCCGUGCGGACCACGUGCUCAUGUUCGAUGUUGUUGCAGACCCUGAACCGUCACAUAAGUUCCGGAGUGGUGGAGUCAGCAUGGAAAGAGGUUCUUGUCUCCGGAGAUGUACUUGGGUGAUCCGAGAGACGUUCCUAUUCUUGUUGAGGCGUCACAGAGGGGUGCUAGGCGAGUUCCUGACAUGGAUCGUGUUGACGACGUGCCGGACAGGCGUCGGGUCGAGAGGAGAGCUCGUGUGGGGACACGACGGAGCUAGCGUGAGUGGAGGUGGCUGGACUAGGCAAUGGACGAGGCUGACGGGGGCGGUCGACGUGGAGGUGGACGACGAGGGCACGGAGGGAGAUGGAGAGGGCAUGCUGCGGCGGCCAAGCACGGUGAUCAUGGUGACGACGAUGACGACAAUCAACACGGGCCCGUGGGGGGGGGUUGCUGCAGGGCAUGUGGCAGUUGGUGGUGUUAGUCCCCAUGAUGGCGGAUAUGGAGGCGAGUGGUAUGGGUUAGGUAUGGGUGACAGGGCUGACUCUGGUGAUGGUGGACUUGGUUCGGGGCCGCUUGGAGAUUACUUCGUUGGUGUACCAGCCCAUGACCAGACCCUUCAAGAGAGUACGCCAUGGGUUAGUCCGGGGUCGAUGUUUUCAGGCUUCCUUGCAUUAGAUGGGCUUGAUGUAGACUUCGGCGGGUCAAACUUUCUAGACGAGAUUACUGCCAUCAUGCAGGAGGAUGUGGUGGCCCGUAGGCGUGGUCAGAGCUCUGGCACAUAGGCACCUUUAGAUGUCGAUCUGAACGAGCCUCCUACGAUGCCUGUUGCUGACCAUUUUGCAUUGGGGGGUACCCCUCCUUCCGCAUACACUGCUACGUCACAUUCAGUUGCCGGGCCGUCUGCGGCACCCGUCCAGCCUAGGCCACCUGCACAGCCUGCCCCAGAUGAUGAGGAGGAUGAGAUCGAGGACGAGGAGCCGCUUAUCUGCAGAGGUCAGAGGACACGGGUACCCCGUCGUUGCUUCACUGGCUUGCAUCUGUUUAGAUGAUUCAUGUGUCAUGUAUGUUGUUUGUUCAUGUUCAUUGUUGUAUGUUAGCCAGUUUUACUUUUGUCGUUGAUGUACACUGACGAUCGAAUAUGUAGGUUGCUUAUUUAUGUUUCAGUUUGUUGUUCCGAAUCAUGAUAUUGUACUUUGAAAACGGCUGUUUAGUGAUUAUUUCAGUGACUACCAUAGU